AUACAAUACAAGUCAUGCCCUUCUUGACCUCCGUGGACAAUUCCUACAGUUCUAGAAAGCUUCCCCGUUUUGAAUGGAAAAGCAAAUUGUAAUCUUUACAAGCGUGCUGGACUUGUUGAAUUAAACUAUCAGUUAAUCCCGGCAUCUUUGGUUUUCUACAUAUAAAGUAACAAAAUCACAACAACCUUCAUUCCGACUUUUAAUAUAUCUACAACCGUGUUGACAACCAGACACGGCUUACAUUUCCUCUCCCAACUGAGCAGAAUUUUUCAUAGUCUUCAUCUGUGUUCUCUGAUUUGAAUUCGAACAAAAUGGCAGAAGCUUUAACACAAUCCCAGAUUGCUGAGUUCCAGGAAGCCUUUUGUCUCAUUGACAAAGAUUCAGAUGGGGUUAUUACCUUGCAAGAACUAGCGUCGGUGAUUCAAUCACUAGAUGAACGUCCGACGAAAGAAGAAGUUCAAGACAUGAUUAGUGAGAUUAGUUCAGAGGGAAAUGGAACAAUAGAUUUUGAAGAGUUUUUGAAUAUCAUGGCAAGGAAGAUGCAGGAAAAUGUUGCUGAGGAGCUGAAAGAAGCAUUUAAAGUAUUUGACAGGGAUCAAGAUGGGUAUAUUUCAACUUCUGAGUUGAGACAGGUGAUGAUAAACUUGGGAGAAAGAUUGAGCAAUGAAGAAGCCGAGCAAAUGGUCAGAGAGGCCGAUUUUGAUGGUGACGGUCUAGUUAGCUAUGAAGAAUUUGCAAGGAUGAUGCUCAGCUAGCUGAUCUCAACUUCUUACAAUAUUCUCACUUCAGUACUAAUAGAAUUAGUUGUCUCCUUAAGCCCCAUUGCCUGGAAAAGUGCAUGUUUUGCGCGCGGUGUUUGUUGUAACAUAUACGGGAUAUUUGUUCCACAUAUAAGUAAAAUUCUAAAAUCUUAAUUUUCGAAUAGUUCAUAGUGAUUUUUAGAA